AUGGCCCGCAUUUACCUGAGCUGUGGCGACUCCCCAAUCUACAAGAUUUUCCCGUUCUUGCAACAAGUAUCAACAAUUCAAAUGUUCACAGACUGUAUACGUCCCUGUAUCCGUUCACCCAAAGCGCUAUCACAGGACAGUGCACACUCUCGUCCCCGAAGGUAUGGCCGCUGCGGCAGGCAGAGAUGUGACGGAAGGUGUUGGGUGGACCUCCUGAGCCGAAACUACUCGUUCUACAUGGCGCUGGAGAACAGCUGGUGCGACGAUUAUGUGACGGAGAAGCUGUACCUGCCUCUCGCGAACUUCCUGGUCCCGGUGGUUUGGGGAGCGUCUAACUAUAGCAAGAUUUUACCCCCAAAUUCCUACAUCGACGCUCGAGAUUACCACCCGAAGGAACUGGCCGAGCUUCUGAUUCAACUCCGGGCGGACCCUGUGGCGCUGGGCAGAUACCACGUGUGGAGGGGGUUCUGGAGCGUGCGCGUCGGCGGCACCUUCUGCGAGCUGUGCCACCGCCUGCACACCGACGACGAGGCCCAGCGGCACGCGGACAUCCCAGCGUGGCGCGGGCGGAACGGCCGGUGCCAGGUGGUGCCGAAGAACAUGUUCGCCCCGGGAGUCAACGCCUGGAGACGCUUCAUUAAAAGCAACUACUCUGGCUAGAACGUGCUUUCUUUGCAGUUAUUUCCGCUUCCCUGGCGCUUUAUAUAUAUACACACACACCUGUCUCUGUAUCUAUGUUUGCCCAUUCAUAUGUGUA